GCAAUCCCUGGUGGAUGUUUGAUGGAACUUACCAUACAACUUGCAAUCAUCAUGAUCGGCAACCAAGCUGUCAAUACAAUUGUGGAAAUGGUCGUUCCACUGCUUUUAAAAAAUGUAUAAAACUUUCAUUAUAACGACCGGCAUUGAAAAGCGGAAAAAGAAGAAAUAGCUUUAAUAAGUUGUAACAAUGGACGGAGGACUAUAAGCUGUCAGAUUUAGAAAGCGGAAGUUUUGUUUGCUGAAUAUUUAGAAAUGGUGCUGCAAUAUGGUUUCAUCACCAUCUUCGUAACCGCAUUUCCACUGGCUCCACUCCUUGCCCUCAUAAACAACGUGCUAGAAAUGCGAUUGGACGCAAAGAAGUUCAUAAAAUAUUACAGAAGGCCAAUACCGCAACGAGUCAAGAACAUAGGAGUGUGGUAUUCAAUAUUAGCAAUUGUCGGCAGAAUAUCUGUUGCUUCGAAUGCUUUUAUAAUUGCAUUUUCGUCACAUUUUAUUCCACGGUUAGUGUACGAAAUGAGAGUGUCCACCGAGCACAACGAAGAGGGAUAUUUAGAACAUAGUUUAGCAUAUUUUAACACGGCUGAUUUUCCUCCUGAAAGUGCUCCAAUAAAUCCAUCUAUAAAUGUUACUGUUUGCAGGUAUGCGGAAUACAGAAAUCCUUUUAACAUAACAGAAAUGGAUCAGAAAUACAAACGACCAAUUAUAUAUUGGCAUAUCUUAGCGGCGCGUUUGGCUUUUAUUGUCGUUUACCAAAACUUGGUCAGUUUUGUGAUGACAGUAGUGCAAUGGACGAUUCCGGAUAUUAGUCGAAAAUUAAAUGAUCGAAUCAAAAGAGAAGCUUACAGAACCAAUGAAAUUAUUAUUCACAAUGAAACUGAAAGAGCUAGACAACGAAAGCGGAUUCCAAGAAAUAGGGACUCUCUCCUUUCAACUACCACCCUUUAUUAUGAUGCUAUGAAUGGAGACGCAGGCACCGAAGAAGAGCCUAGACUUAAUAAAAAUACCAUGUUCUACGAUGUAUAGUAGUUACAGAUGAUAUUUAAUAGAUAUCAUAAGAGCAAAGAUAAUUUUUUAAGCCAAACAUGGUUGCUUGCCAAAAAAGAUGUAGCAAAACAUGCGUAAUUUGUGUAUUCUUGGAAAAACAUGUUAAAUUUUUUUAUUUAUAAUUAAAUAAAUCAAAAAGAUUAGGAAUGGCGUAUUAUAAUGAGGAUCAAGAUAAUGAUAUAAGUAUAUCAGUGUGUAGAAAUAAAUUUAUUAAAAUGAAUACGUUUUUCCACCUUUAUGUUUAUAACUAAUUUGAAUCCCUACAUCUUUUAGGACUGUUCCAACAACAAUCAGAAACUAGUCACUGUGCAGUAGAUAUUUUGACGGUUCCAAUCCUCUUUACUGCGCAGAAUCCUAGUGUCAAUGACUGGUUUCUAAUAUUUGUUGGAACAAACCUUUAGUUCAGGUAUAUCGAAAUAAUAAAGUAGUGUAAGUUGUGACGGUUGAAUAUCACUUACAAACUUUGAUGCCUAAACGCUUUACAUGUAUUGUGAUUUGUUUGUAAAAAUGUGUAUAAAUGUGGCCUUCAAACUUGCCUUGUAAUAUAGAAUAAAGGAUAACUAGUCAAAUAAGAAUCACAGUAGGUGUAUUAAUAAGAUUAUUUUGAAUAUUAUUUUAUAUUGUUUUGUAUUCGAAUUUUUUUACUAUAGGGUGCCAAUGCAAUGUAGAAACUUAUGUAACUCAAUUAUUUACUAUUAUUAUUUCUGUAAAAUAUGAAUAUUAUCACUAUUUUUAAUUGUUUAUUUUGUACUCAUAAUUCCUAUAUUAAUAAUCACACCAAUUUCACAUCCGUAUAUAAUACUAUAUAACAGUGGUUCCCAAACUGUGCGCUGGGGCUCCCUGGGGAGCCGUAUAGAGUAAAUAAGGGAGCCGUGAGGAAAUUAAACAAAAUAAACAAUUCAAAUCCCGUUGUUUUUUUUAAAGCUUGCUAGAAAGACCUGCUGUUUUUUUUUAAUUCGUAAAUCUGGAACCCUAGUGCAUCUAGACAAAAUACUAUAGCCGCGAACUGAAAAAGUUUGGGAACCCCUGCUAUAUAUUUGUAUAUACGUGUAUACAGGGUGAUUCAUAAGUACUUUGAUACACUUCAGGAAAUGAUUCUUUGAGUAAUUUUAAGGUAAAAAGUUCAUAUAAACAUGUGUCCGGAAAUGGAUGGUUUUCAAGAUACAGGGUGUUAAAGUUUUAAGAAAAACAUUCGGUUUUUUUAUCAUAUCUUUCAUACCACUGAAGAUAAUUUAAUGAAAUUUGGUACACGUUGUUUUACCAUAAAGUGACAUUUUUUGAUACUAUUAACUUUUUUUUAUUUUCAUCAGUAGCGUCCCUACGAAAAAAAUGGUACGCCACUGGUUUUUUAAAAAAUAAAAAUUAUUUUUAAAAUCUACAUUAAAUUUGGAACAAAUUUGAUCUCUUGACUAGUUUUUAAAUAAAAUAUGCAAUAUGCAAGAAAUAUCAACAUUUUAUUUCAAAAAUUUUAAAUAAAAUUAAAUAAACGAAAUUAAACUGUAUUCAAAUAAAUUGUUGAAAGUGUCCACCUUCAGCGAAGAUACAGUCAUUAAAUCUUCUAGUCAUUGAAUCUCGUACUCGCUUAAAAAUUAUUGGUGUGUUUCUUAUUCUUUCACAGGUGUCUAUUAUUCGGUUUCUUAGUUCUUCCCCGUUUGCCACUGGAGUUUUAUAAACUAAUGACUUCAUAUGUCCCCAAAAAUAAAAAUCUAACGGGUUUAGAUCUAGGGACCUUGGUGCCCACGCCUGGUUAGGUUCUUCUACACCCCUACCGAUCCAUCGAUUUGGAUAGACAGUGUUAAGGAAUUCCCUGGCUACAACGCUGAAAUGGGCCGGAGCCCCAUCAUGCAUAAACCACAUGCGGAUACGAUUUACUAAAGGUACAUUCUGAAGUAAUCCCGGCAAUUCGUUUUCUAGAAAGUGUCUGUAAGUUUCUCCAUACAGUCGGAACGGAAGAAAGAAAGGGCUGAAAAUGGUUUUUAUUUUUUUACGCGAAAACGGUGCGUCUUACGAACAAAAGUCAAGAGAUCAAAUUUGUAAAAAACCAGUGGCGUACCAUUUUUUUAUUUAAUAAUAUUGAGUUUAAAUACCGUAGGGACGCCACUGAUGAAAAUAAAAAAAAAGUUAAUAGCAUCAGAAAAUGUCAUUUUAUGGUAAAACAACGUGUACCAAAUUUCAUUAAAUUAUCUUCAGUGGCAUGAAAGAUAUGAUAAAAAAACGAUUUUUUUUCUUAAAACUUUAACAUCCUGUAUCUUGAAAACCAUCCAUUUCCGGACACAUGUUUAUAUGAACUUUUUACCUUAAAAUUACUCAAAGAAUCAUUUCUUGAAGUUUGUCAAAGUACUUAUGAAUCACUCUGUGUAGGAAUAUUUUCUUAAUACAUUCAAGAAUAAUAAAAACUUAUUGAGGAAUAUAAUCUGGACAUUUCAUGAUAUGUGGAAUGCUAAUUAAUAUAGCAUUAUUUUUGUUAAUUAUUCUUUUUAUUGUACAUUAUAUGUCACUCAGAAAUACUUUUGCUUUUGCUUUGUAUAUGCUGAACAUAAAUACAUCGUUCUUAAAUAAAAUUAUUUAUCUUAUAGAAAGAAUAUUAAAUUAUGUUUUUUGGCCUUUUUAGGAAAUUUAUUUUACCCCAAUUUUUUUUAAAUUUAAUAAAAUACCUUUAUUUUGUAAUCAAAUUAAUUAAAGUAUAAAUCGAAUAUUAAAAAGUAUGUUUAAUUUAGUAAAUUGUUUUAACUUCUUCAUCAGCAUCACGAAUGAUAAGUAAAAAUUGUAUAAAAAAAAAAACAUAAGUACAAUCAGAAAAACUGACCGUGGUUUUUAGUGGUAUGUAUAAAUAAAUUUACCAAAGGUACAACGUGAUAGAAAUUUGAAUACCCACAUGAGAAUAAUCUGACUUAAAUUCAAUAGAAUAAUUAUUUUGAAACAUUAUUUUUGUAAUAUUAUGUUUCGUUUAUAUAUACAGAGUGGUCCAUAAUUUUUUUAUUUAUAGAACAAUUUUGAUUUUUUUUAAAUAUGGUGGGUUUAAAUGGUGUAUUUUGGAGGCAACCGACGUCCAGUUUUUUUUUAAAACCAAGGGCUACUAGAGCACAUUCAAAGACUGAAAAAUCCUGAAUCCAUAUUGGCGAUUUUUUAAAAAAAAAAUCGCGUACGCCAAUGGAAUUGGCGUCUUCUAAAAUAAAUCUAAACAAAAAUUCAAAAUUAACGAUUCUAUGACUAAAUUACUGACAAGUUGUUUAUUAUCCAUUAAGAAGCUGUUUAUCUAGUAACACACAUACGAUAAAAAAAAUUAAUAAGUAGGCCUUGCUUUUCAAAAAAACUGGACGCCGCCUUGGGUGCAAAAUAAACAUUUUUCCUCUCCACAUUUAAAUAAAAAAUUCGUCAAAAGCGUUCUAUAAAUAAAAAAUGUAUGAGGGUGUCCGCUUUCAAAUGGGUCACUUUGUAUAUAUAGAAUAGAAAAGUAAUAUGUUACGUUGUAGAUAGAUGUAAUUGUUACUUGUUAUAUGAAUUUUACAAUUGUGUUGCAAUGAACUAAAUAUAUAUUUUUGUAAAUAUGUAAUAUUUUAUAUUACUUUCGAUAUUUAUGUAACAUUAUUCAUUCAAAAAUGUAUAAAUUGUAUGAUUUAUUUAUGAAUAAUUUAUUCGAUGCUGUUAAUUAUUAAAUUAAUAUUUCAUUAAAUGUAAAAAUGUAUUUCAUAUUGGUUUUUUUAGACGUUAAUUUGUAUACUAAACACUAAAUCAAAUCAGUACUAAACAAGUGCAAUAUCAAAAGUUAAAUGUAUUUUAAAAUUUAACACGUUAAAUGCCACUAGGUAUACUUCCAUUGCUCUUUAUGGCAAUAUGUCUGUGUUGAUAUUAAAUAAAUACUCAAUAAUGAAAAAAGUGAAAUUCCAUAAACUAGUUAAAAUAAAUAUAAUUCUUGUUUUCUUUCCUUUUUGCUACUUUUAGUAAAACGUGUAACCUAAUUUCUACCUUUUAAACUAGGUACUCAGGAUGUGGACACGUGUCUGCAUAUUGGCGGGGUUUAGAGCAACAUCAAAUUAUGGACCACCUUUAUUUUAUUUAAUAACAAGUAUUAAAAGUAAUUUUAAAAAACCGACUUCAAAAUUGUGCAGAUGCCAUGUGACAUCUUAACCAAAUUUAUAUGGGACCAACCCCUUACCAACAAAAAAAGAAUCAUAGAAAUCGGACAGGGUGGUAAAGAAUUAUCGCUAAACAUAUAUAAAAAAUCUGAUGUGUCCAACACAUGACUUUCCUAUCUAGUUAACCUAUUGCAGCAUCUCUAAAAAUGUUUAGAGGAUAAACUAAAUAUAUACAUUUUCCACAUACAUCUACCUCGAAACAUUUUUCUAUAGAUAUUCAUUGAAAACGAAAAUACUGAAAAAUUUUAAUUUAGCACUUUUCCUCCAAUUUUUCCAUUACGGUCCAUUUUAGAAAAGUCAUUUAAAAACCAAAAUUAUAGAUAUCGAUAUCGCAAACAAACUUUUAGAUUAACAAUUUUCUUAAAAAUCAGAAUUUUGCACAUUUUGUCAAAUUUCUCGAAUACGGACCAUUUCAGGAAAAUUUGACAUGGAACAAAAAUUAUAGAUAAUAAUAUUGUAAGUAACUUUUAUUUAAAGAAUUUUCUUCCCCAAACGUAAAUAACGAAUAUAUGUCAUAAAAUAUAAAAAUGACCACCAAUAAAGUACCCCCCAAAUGUUCCGACUCUGUCCAAAAUCUAAUCAGUUCACCUCAGGUCGAAAUAAAACUUAAGUUUAAAAUUUAAUGUUUUUUCCUUUAUCCGUUUUUGAGUUUUCUUCAAAAUUCGAAAUUUACACAUUUUCUCAAAUAUCUCGAAUACGGUCCAUUUUAGAGAAAUUAUUUAUAGAAUAAAAAUUAUAGAGAAUUAUAUUACAAACAACUUUUAUUUGAACAAUUUUUAUAAAAAAAUAUUUUUUUUUACAUUUUGUCAAAUUUCUCGAAUACGGACCAUUUUAGGAAAAUUUUGCAUAAAACAAAAAUUAUAAAUAAUUAUAUAAGAAGUAACUUUUAUUUGAAGAAUUUUCUUCUCCAAACGUAAAUAACAGAUAUAUUCCAUAAAAUAUAAAAAUGACCACCUAUAAAGUACCCCCCCAGAUGUUCCGACUCUGCCCAAAAUCUAAUCAGCUCAUUGGACGCUGAAACAAAGCUUAAGUUUAAAAUUUGGUGUUUUUCUGUGUAUCGGUUCAUGAGUUAUGCGACCUACAGACACACACACACACAGACAUCAUCGCGAAAAUAGUCAAAACGGAUUCAGGGGACCUCAAAACGUAAAAAUCCGUCGAAAACUCGAGGUCGAAAAGAAUCAUGAUUCCUAUACUUUCCUUAUAUCUGUAUACAGAUAGGAAAGUAAAAAUGAAGAGUUUGAGGAUUUUAUCAUUAACCCAAUUUUUAGAUUUUGAUCAAAUUUAUAUGGGACUACCCCUGAGGUAUCCUCUUACCAAAAAAAAAAGAAUUCUAGCAAUCGGACAAGGUUGUAAAGAAUUAUCGCUAAACAUACAUAAAAAAUGCAGAGUUUGAGAAUUUUCUCAUGGACCCAAUUAUUAACUUUUGACCAAAUUUAUAAUCAUUGAAAUCGGACACCGUGAUAAAUAAUAAUCGCUGAAUAUACACAAAAAAAUAUAUACAGGGUGUUUCCGAACUUGGCGUCCAAAUUUGUAAGGGUGGUUGUUCGCAUAAUUUGAGAGCUAUUGGCAGAUUUCAUUUUUCUAAAAAAAUUAUAAUAAACAAAAUAGAGCCAUUAUAAAAAAAAUCAAAGAGCAGGUCCUACCCUGAGCGCGUAGCGCAAUAGUCCUCAAAAACAGAUGCGAUUUGCAAUUUUGUCGAUUCUAAGCGUAGCGCGCGCGAGUCGGGGCGAUCCAUCGCUGUGUAGGACCGUACCUGUUUAUAAUUUUGAAAUAUUUUUAUUUUAAACAUUUUGGAAAAAUUAAAUCUGCGAAUCGGUCUCAAAUUAUGCGAACUACAGUUCAUCAAAUUUCUAGAGGUGUUCGACGCCCAAACAGAGAACGCGCUACGUGUGACUAAGAUAGCUAUUGUACAGUCUGCUAAACAAGUUAUUUUAAAUAGUUUUUAAUAUUUUUAGGUAAUUAAAUUUUAAAAGUGUGGAAUAGUUUAGGGAUUAAAUUGUUCUGAUUGGACUUUCUUAGAACGUUUUUAAAAGCAGCUAAAGAUAGUAUGUAGAAUUGAAAAUAAUUAUUAUGCCAUAAAAGGUGUUUUGGAAUUCCUUCAACCUUUUGAAAUUGAGUCAGAAAAUAUAAAUUUUAUAGGAUAGCGGAAAAUACCUAUAAUUUUUUUGUAGGCCUUUGUAAAUCGUGGAAAUAGUUUAUAUUUUAUUUCUACCUUAUUAAGGAAAAUGGUACCUAUUAUUAAUAACGGUUGUUUCUGAAACAUUACUAAAAUUUUCGAAAUUUUGUUUUUCUACAAAAUAAUAAACUAUACUAUUUAGAAAAAAAUUUAUUUCUGUUAUAAUUUUAUAAAAAAUAACAGGGGAAUAUUUACAUUUCUUGAUCUAUUAAACAAAACGAUAAAUUAUCUCGACGAAUGACACCAUGUUCUAGUACGGAAGCUAGCUUUACAUUUUUGUUGGUGGUUUCAUGGGUUUCAUAUCAAUUUUUUGUAAUUGUAGUUUACACGUACAUAUACCUCUUAACACUUGUUCGCUUUAUUAAAAAAGUGUGUUGUUGUGAUUUACGUCAAAAUAAGUCAAACACAACUUGAAACCCCAUAUAAAAUCAAAAAGGAGAAAUGGAAAAAAAUUGAGCCUGUAAAUGAACACAACUCAGAAACAAAAAUAGCUAUCUAAUAAUAAAAAAAUAAAAUUUGAUUCUUGUGCAGCUUCAUCUAUAUCAUUAACUGUUUUUGGUUUUUUAAUGGUUUUUCUUGGUGAUUAAAAUUCCGAUAUCUCAUGGUUAUCGAUUCUUUUUUUCUCUCCAGAAAUGCGGACGACAGUGUUUUUAGAUACUCCUGUGGCUGCAGCAACACGAUCAUUUACAUUUUUAAAUGGUAUUGAAGGUGAAUUAAAGUUUCCUUCUCUUCUCAUAAACUCUAUAACAUUGGCUAUUAUUUCGCGAGAUUGACUGUUACUCACGCGGCCUCUUAAUUUGCUAUUAAACUCCAUACUUAGGUUCUAUUAAACUGUGAUGAGCAAAAAACACAAACGAAAAUAAAAGAAAUGUUUUAGCGAAAUUUACAUCUGACAUUUACGUCUGAAUGAAAUAGUGAAAUACUUGAUGCCUGUCAGUAGUGCUUUCUCUGUCUAGCCGUCGAAAGCCUCUAGAAAUUUGAUGAACUGUACAACCCCUACAAAUUUGGACGCCAAGUUCGGAAACACCCUGUAUAUACCGACGAAUUGAGAACCUCCUCCUUUUUUGAAGUCGGUUAAAAAGGGGAAAAGAUAAAACCUAUGAUAAAUUGUUGCUCUAACCCUCAACGGUGAUUUGGUAGAUAAAUGAAAGAGCAAACAAAAAAAUAUUUGAACGAUAAUAAAAUAUCAAAACUCAAAUGUAAUAGUAGCAAAAUGAAAUAAAUGAAUUUAGCUCAAAGCCGAAUAUCACAUAAAAUACAACGACCGUUUCCCCUUCAGAAAAACAACUACUCCUUUGGCUAAUACCACAACAGGCAUUGAAUUACAUCCGAAGGAAAAACAGCAGAGAUAGAAAUUAAUUUUCAACACUCUACUUUGAUUUUGCUCACCAAGGAGAACAUCAUUCUUGGACCGGUUUCGUCCUUAUUAGGACUCCUCAGCAAGAAAUAGAUAGGUUCUCAAAUAUUUACAAUUUUAUUACACAAAUGUUUACAAGUAGGGUCUUACAAAAAAAUUAUAUAAUUCACCUUAGCUUGUUAUUUUCUUCGAAAAAUCUAUAAAGACGUUCCAGGAUUCAGAGCGAAAUCUUAAUAUUCCUUGGCAGUCCUUGGUACUCAUUGACAGUCCUUGAUACUCUUUCCUGGUUUAACAUUAUCGAGACUUGAAAAAAACAGCCAGGACAAGCCAAGAUCUGUGAAAAACGUGGUAAUAAACGGCAACGUCAGGAAAAGUCAGUCUUCGGAAAAACCUGGCAAUAACGUUAACGGCAAAAGCGAUCUCCAGGAAUAUCCAAUUUAGUCUACAAGGCACACAAUUGUAUUCAAAAAUUAAAUAAAUAUCUUGCAAUUCAGCAAUAUGCCGAAUAACUGUUACUCUCCAAUUGUAAUAAUGGCAAUUUAACUUUUAUAAUUAAAAGGACAGCAUGGCCAGCAGUCGGGCCGAAGUCAAUUAGCCAUCAAAUCCAGUUAAUAGGCGUCCAUUUUCCCUUUAAUGUCUAGAAAUAAGUAUAUUUGUAAUUAAUGGCCUAUUGAUGGGAAGUUAAUGGGAAAUUGCAGGCCUUUCACCAUAUUAAUAUUUUUUUUUGAUUUAUGGCCUAGGUGUAUGUACUUAAUAUAUGCCAGUCUCAGUUUGUGUUUAAAUUCUCAAUUAUGUGUAUUCUGUGUAGGCUUUGUCACUCUUUCCCAGCGCCACUUCAGGAAGAGCACUGUUAAUUAGAACUCGACAGUGAAUGGUCGAGUGAGGAAUCCCUAGAAUGAAUAUUUAGAUUUUUUUUUAAAUAAAAAUUCCUGCCACCAGUGGGAUUCAAUCCUGAGACUCUUCGAUCUCAAAUGCAUGGCCCUAACCACUGAGCUAUACCUUACUUUUUAGAUCUGAUACUCUGGUAUAGAGCCUUUCAAAAUAAGAAGUUUUUUAAGAAAUAUAACAGUUCAAAAUGUCUUGAUAUUGCUUUAUUUUCUGCUAUUCAAAUGAAAAAAAAAAUUAAAAUUGUUGAGACGAUUGUUCGUAUACCACAUCAGAUCAUGUAAAUGUUAAGACAUUUAAUUUAUAAUCCCAGAGGGCUCUGUCAUUCUGAGGACGAUGGAUGGGGGUUUUUCAAGUUUAAAUCAAAGGACACCGUUACACAUCUAAAAUUGUUUCAAUGCGCCACAAUGUAAUCAAGGUAACAAAUGUUUCGUUUAUUCCAAAAGUAAUAAUGUUUAAAAAAUAUUAUAAUAUUCUAAAUUCCAUAAUAAGUUAAGUAUUUACUAAUAUUCCAGACUCUGUAUAAAACGAGAUUAUUAUCUCUUUGAUAUCUCUUUAAACAAAAUAAAGCAGUUUUAUUACUAGAAGAAUAACUCUGUUUUGGCCUACCUCUUGUAGACUGCUUUCAUAAAUCAACGCAAUCAUCAAUCAACGCAAUAUAAAAACUUUAAAAUUCGAGUUAAUAAAUUAUUUCUCUUCUUUAAUUUUGUAAACGAGGGGGGU